GGGGUCACAUGGAGCCACGUGCUGCGACAAGCCCGCGUCAAACUCCGACGAAACUCACUUUCGCCUAAGGUAUCGACCGACAUAGAAGACGACGUCCGGCACCCCUCAAGAAAAUCCUAAUGAGUCAAUCAAAUUUCAAGCGUUUCGUUGAGGUUGGACGAGUUGUCCUCCUUAAAAGUGGACCUUACGCCGGCAAGGUUGCUGUUAUUGCUGAAAUCAUCGACCACAACCGAGCAAUCAUCGAUGGUCCCACCACUGGCGUGCCCCGUCAGGCCUUCCCUUACCGCCACCUUACCCUCACCCCUCUCGCCUUGAAGGGACUGCCUCGUGGAGCUGGUUCAGGUGUUGUGAAGAAGCAGUUGGAGAAGGAAGCCACUAUUACCAAAUGGGAAAACUCAUCAUGGGCGAAGAAGAGGGCUGCUAUGGAGACGAGACGGUCGCUCAACGACUUCCAGCGGUUUACGGUCAUGUUGUUGAAGAAGCAGCGUAGGGACGUUGUGAGGAAGGCUUUGGCCAAGGCUACCAAGGCAUGAGUUUAGGUGCGGAGGAACAAAAUCUGAGGGGGUAUCCGGCGCUUGGAUGUCGUGUCGCUGCAUGUUUUCCCUAUCUUUUCCCUUUGCAUUUUUUAUGCCUACAACAUGAACAUACCAUGCGUCAUGCCUUCCGUUAUGGAACUACCAUCCAAACACCCCUGACUGCAGAACAUUCUGCAGAAUCUAUUGCAAAGCAUUAAGUUGUCCCCGUACGGUAUGUUUAGCACUAGUAUUU